AUGAUGGAUACCCUGAAGACUACAAAUGGUUUGCAAGUGAUUGGAGAAGGGACUGGUAUAGGGAAAUCGACACUCCACAUGGUGGGGUAUUUGGGAAAAAACUCUAAUCUUGUGGAAACACCUGCACAUGAGUAUUGUCCAGUCUGCAAAGAGAAGGGACAGAUCCAAGUUUUACGGGCCUACCGCCUUAAUUUUCAAGAGUCCAUUUUCCUUUGUGAAAAUCCUCAGUGUAUCUACCCGCUUGGUUAUAAACCGUUAAACAGCAUAAUUACUUCUGCUGAUUCAGAAAAUCAUCAAGUUCCACCUACUCAUAAGAAAAGGAAAUUGUCUGUUAUCAAUGACUUGUCUCCUGUUGAAUCACAUCCAAAAAAAGCGAGAACUAAUAGUGUGAAUGUUGAGCACACUGUUAAUGCAGACUCUGUUGUCAAAUGCCAUCAGAAUAGUUUAUGUAUUCCCAAGUCAAGCCCACAUGAUGUGUUACAAAAUGGCCAGCAAAAACCUGUUAACAGUGUGGAGUCCUGCCUGCAGAAGGUCGAUUUUGAAACAACCACCGACACCAACAGCUAUCAGGAAAGUCUGCCUAAGGCUUCUAGUCCUGGAACACAGCUCUUGGCAAAUUCUCAACUUUGCUCAACAGCAUCUGAAGUUUUGCUUAAAGAUGAUAAAGGUUCCACUAAUAACACAGAUUUGUGUCUUCAGUGGAGAAACAGCCAUAAGCUUUGUUGGUUAGAUUGUAUUUUGUCAGCGCUGGUACACUUAGAAACAUUGAAAUUUGCUCUGGCGGAAGAAUAUAAUGAUGGAACAUGUUUACUCCAGAAACUCUUAACAAAAUACAAUCAAGCAACUGUGCUUCUGAGUAGCUGUAAAAGGAAUAAAGUAAAAGAUGUGCUUCCAAAAGCAGAAUCUCAUCUCAAUGAAAUCAGAAAUAGAUUGUUUACACAGCUUCAGCCUCAGCUUAAGUGUGAAUUGGGCAAGGAGGAGAGUCCAGUGUUUGCACUGCCUCUACUCCUACGACUGGAUCAGCAAGCUGAGAAACUCUUCUUGCAUUCAUUUUCAGUGAAGUUUGAAUGUGUGUGUUGUGGCUACAAAGAGCAGAACCGGUUUAGGAAAACACUAACAACGUUCACGAAUAUAAUCCCUGACUGGCAUCCACUUAAGGCUAUUUAUGUUGGACCAUGUAAUAACUGUAGUGAUAAAUCUCAAAGAAGACAGAUGAUUUUGGAAAAAGUACCCUCAAUAUUAAUGUUACAUUUUGUAGAGGGCUUGCCACAUAACAACCUGAAGAACUAUUCAUUUCAGUUUGAAGAAGACACCUACCAAAUAACAUCUAUUGUUCAGUAUCAGACAGAUAAGAAGCACUUCAUAACCUGGUCUUUGAAUCCUGAUGGAACUUGGCUUGAAUGUGAUGAUUUAAAGGGGCCAUAUUGCAAGAGACGUAAAAGAUUUGAAGUUCCUCCUUCAGAGAUUCAUAUUGUUAUCUGGGAAAAGAAAACAUCCCACAUGCCAGAAGAGCCGAAAUCACAGUUCCAGCAUAAAAAUAAUGAAGAUUUUCCUCUUAAUGACGUACAGUUGAAUUCCAAAGUCUUACACUGUGGUCCUGAUAAUGCCGAAGACAACAUACCUGCAGAACAUUGCAAAAAGGACUCUGUAAGAACUCCAGAUAAGGAACAGCAGUGGGUACCUGAGGAUGAAACUACUGUUCAUCAUGGUUCAGAAAAUCCAGCACAUGAUGAUCUUGUCACACUGAUACUUGAAGAAAUUAAAGUUGACUCAGAAGGUCAAUCGCUGCCAAAUGGACAGAUGGUGGGAAAUAACCUUGUUGAAAUGGGCACACCGCAACAGCAGGAAUUAGCUUUUUCACCUAACACCCCAUGUACAAGAGAGUUGGCUGGAACUAGUCUAGUUAUGAACAAUGAAUGCAUGUUAUAUGAAAAUUCCAGAAUUUGCUUACCCCUAGAAGAGUUGAAGCCAGCAAAUACUGACCCUCCUGUGCCCAAAAUACAGAACUCUGACCUGUCGGAUUCAUUGCUUGCUCAAAGAGCAAAUAGCAGAACUAAUUUACCUAACACAGAACAUGGAUUAAAUUCAGAACUACAGCUGAACAAGAAGUUGUCACCAGUCAAGGAUAUUACACAAAACUCACUUGACUUGAAAGAUGCAAGCAAAAUUGUAGUUAAUUCUCAGGUUGCCAAUUCUGCUGCCAAUAAAUCGUUUCAGCCUUCACACAAAGACCAAAAAACAGGAUUUGUAGGAAGCUGGGUAAAGAAAUUAUUAAGCAAGAAUACUUCUUUUGUACCUUCAAGUGCCUCAUCUCUCAAGGACCAGAGAAGCUGCAAAUCUCCCUCCAUGCAAAAAAUAAGUGAAGUGCGGCUGCCGGUCAAGGGAGCAAGUAACUUUGGUGGAUUUCAAAGCAGAGGUACAACCAAAACAACGGAGACCCCAAAGUCAUUGAUUCCUCAGAGUAGUAGCAGCACUCAUCCUUUAUCAAAUUUCAAAGGAUUUUCUCAAAGCACUCGUCUUCCAACAGCAAGUCAUACCACCUGUUCAGGUCCAACUUGGAAUAAGUCAGGAAAUACUCUGGGUACCUCGGGUAAAGUGACUCAGGCCCAUUCACCUGGCCAUAACUCUGUGAAGGCAGCAGAGUCAGACAGCGACAAAACAAAAAAACUCCGUCUAAAACUGUUAAAAAAACUUAAUGCUAAGAAGAAGAAGUUGGCUUCGCUGGAUAGGCUAGCAGUGGAACAGGUGAAACAUGAGAAAGCUGUGAGUGGUGGUGUAGGCACCCCAUCACAGACUGAAUCUCACAAUGACAGUGAGUUGUUGCAGAGCUUUUUGAGGGAACUGCAGUAUCAGAUGGAUGUUGCAGACAGUGAAUCGGGGUGCACUAGCCAUAGUAACAGUGACGAAAUACUGGCAGAAUUGCUGUCCCCUACUUCAACUGUUGCUUCAUUAGAGGCUCCAAAAAGUGAAGAUGAAUGUAUGUAUAUGGAAAUGGUGGACAGCAGUGUUCCAGUGACGGUGUCGGAUGAGCAGACCAAUGUGCCACAAGCAGCAAUGACAAGUGAAGACCACAAUUACUACAGUCCUGUAAAGGACAGUCAUUUGGAACUUCUGACAGGAAGCAAACCCAAUGUGAAAAAACUUGCUUUUGAAAGCUUCAUCAGGGAAGAUAUCUUUGAAGACUUGUUCUCCAUUUCAGCACCAAGCUCAAUGGCAGGUGACAUAGAUUUACCUCAUUUUGAUGAAACUCUGUUUGAAACUUGGUAACUCUGUGGUGUCUUGUUUUUAAGUAUUUUUCAAUAUUACUUAUAUUUGUAA